GAGUUUCCCCUCCAACAUACUCUUCAAGACAGACAGAAUCUAGAGAGAGAGAGAGAGAGGCAGAGAGCGCAUUCGAUGGGAGAGAUGAAGUGGUUAAAUGAAUGGCAACCAGCUUUUCUAAUGGUAGGCAUUGAUUUUGCAUUGGCAAUUUCAAAUGUACUUCUUAAGAAAGUCGUCGACGAAGGAAUAGAUCAUCUCGUUCUCAUUGCAUACCGGAGUUCAAUUUCUGUUGUUUUCUUAGCGCCCAUAGCCUACUUCUGGGAGAGGAAAUCAAGACCAAAACUCACUUCUGGAAUCGUAUGUCACUUGUUUCUGAGUGCCAUGCUUGGGGCGACAAUUACGCAAUACCUUGUUCUUCUAGGGAUGCAAAAUACAUCGGUGACAUAUACGUGCGCUUUCGUGAAUGUGGUACCUGUGAUCACAUUUCUGAUGGCUCUACCUUUUGGGUUAGAAACUGUGGAUAUGAAAAGUAAGAGUGGUCGUGCAAAAGUUUUAGGUACAUUUGUUUGUGUAGGAGGUGCGAUGUUAUUGAGUCUUUACAAAGGAAUGCAAUUAGCCAACUUUCCUGAAUCAACAAGGGAAACAGCAAGUGUACAUACAGCUAAUAAUCCCGUGAACUGGUUGACUCCAAACAGCAAAUCUGAACGUUGGACAAUAGGAACCGUAGCGUUGGUCGCUAGUAUGAUAGUUUGGUCUUCCUGGUAUCUUCUUCAAGCCAAGAUCGGUAAAACAUACCCGUGUCAGUAUUCGAGUACUGUCAUUAUGUGCUUCUUUGGUGCCAUUCAAUCGACCCUGUUAAGCUUAGCUACAAACCAAGACUACUCUUCAUGGCUUCUCAAAGGAAAAGUUCAGAUCAUAGCUGUCUUAUACACGGGAAUUGUGGGAUCAGGGUUAAGCUUUGUUGGUAUGUCAUAUUGUGUGAAGAAAAGAGGUCCGCUUUUUACUGCUGCAUUUGGUCCUCUCAUUCAAAUUAUAGUAGCCAUUUUUGAUUUCUCAAUUCUGCACGGGCAACUUCACCUUGGAAGUGUCUUGGGAUCGAUUCUCGUUAUUGCUGGUCUUUAUAUUCUUUUGUGGGGCAAAAACAAAGAGGCAAAAGCUUGCGUAACGAAACAAGUUGAAGCCACCGAAGAUCACGACGAGGAAGAACAAGCAAUGAGUAGAGCGUAAAACAUUGAACUAGUACAUGCAGGGUGUCUCUAUCAUUAUCAUACAUGUUUUUGAUCUGUAUAACAAUAUGGGCUCUAUGAGAUUUGCUUGAUUUUUGUUUCUCUUUUAUAUCAACUAUUCGAAAACUUUUCAAUUCCAA